AGAGAUUAAGACACCCAAUGCGUGAAAAACUUGGUUAGCAGUCUCUAAACAAGCUUUAGUCUGAGAUCACAAAAUGUUGCUGAAUAAUUCUAUCCUAUAAUUUGAUCAACUAAAAUCUAGACAUACAAAAUCUCAACCAAGGGGGACAUCUAGACAUCUUUGUUUUUAAGCCUUGAUUCAUUUUGGUGAUUUUAAAGCUACUAAUACACUCAGUAGCAGAACGAGAUUUAGACGUCCACUCUCCUAGGGUUGAGUUUAUGCUGCUCCAAUGAGGGUCACCCUCUUGAUGGCUCUGCCAGGAGACCAAUCUGAAGAUAGGUAUGCGAUUGUGGUGUUGGGAUGCUUUACUGCUAAAUCUAAGGUCAAUUAGUGCAAGGUUUAUGGGGUCUUGGCCAAAGAUUGGACUGAUUGACAGGGUUUUUAGGAUGAUUCUAUGGUGGACAAGCAAUUCAGAGAUGGUGAUGGCCAACAAGUUGACAAUUCAUGCAUGGUCGCUGGUGAGGUGACUUCAGAGUUUCCAGUCCUGCUAAUCAAGAUUUGGGCUGUUUGAGGAACUUUCUGGAGGUGAAUAGAGAGGAUCCCUUUGUUAGAACACUCUAUUCUGAUGUUCUGGCUAUUAUCUCAGAUGAUGAGAUGAGGCUAGUUCCGGAGAUCAAGGGGAAAGCAUUUCUAGCUAUGAGGCCAAACCAAACUAGUGUUUCCAGGGGCAGUAAGCGGUCAAGAGGUAGGAUUGCCCUCAACUUAAUUGUUAAUGUUGAGAAAUGCUUGCUUCUAAGUGGAAUACAUAUUAUUUAUGGUGGGAAUUGGGAAGAGGAAUAUACAGCAAAAUUGUUAAGAAUGUCUGGUGAGGGUAGACUGAAAGGGCUUGUUCGCUUUGACCUAAUUGUUACACAAGUUGAGAGGGGUGGCGGUACCCCGAAAUUAACCACCAAGGAGGUGAGUGGGAGAAGUGGUAUUAUUGUCUUUCUGGCUACUGCCCUUGGGAGGAGCAUUUAUAGACUCAUCUUGGUCCUGGUGGCUUUAACUUCCUUUGCCCCUACUCUCCUCUCUCAGUCUUCAAGUUUGGUUCUUCUUUAUGCCUCUCUUCGUAGGACUUUGUUUACUGUUGGUUGCAAGGCUGGGAGUCAGAAUUUGGUAGCAUCUUCAUUUUGACAAUUUGGAGUGGUUUGACAUGUGGGAGAAGGCACAGGUGGAUGGCAGCAAGAUUUUUAUCUUUCCAUGACACCAUAUGCAAUCUUAGCAGUCAAAUAUUUACCUCCAAGCAUGUAUUGGUAUCUUCCUAGGUAGUGCAAUGCUCUAUGAUUUUUUAUCCAUCUGAACCGUUUAUCCUUUUAGCUUGUGUAGUUUCUUUGGAAGUUGAACUUCUUGUUGGAAUGCUUAGCAGAAAUACUUUGAGUGGUCUUGGUUUCAUGGGAAGUUGGCGGUUUCUUUGGACCGUCUUCAGCUUCUUUGGAGCUUCUUUGGUUUCAAUCUUUCUAUCCCUCCAAACAUUUGCUCUGGUGGAUUCAUUCCUAUUUCUCAAGUGCUCUCCCUUAUCAAAGAGACCCAUGGUGUUUAUGCAGCCUCCCUCACAUUUUCCUACUGUCUGCGAUGUCUCCUUUGAUUUAGUUACAGUUGGUAUCUUUGUGGAGUUUUUACUGGUAACGCUUCUUGGUAGCCAUUGCUUUAAAGGAAGUGGGUCCUGCAGCAGUCAGGGGAACCCUUCUUCUAGUCAGCUACUCUUCUGGCUUAGAGUCAUUCCAAUUUCCGGAGAGCUUUAUGUUAUGUUUUUAUCUUCUGUUUUCCCUUUUGUGAUGUUUUUAUCUGUGUUGCUCAGGUUCUGGCCUGUUUACUUCUUAUGUAACCUGGACUAUUGAGGUUUGC